AUGGAAGGGACGAAUGCAAAUUUGUCAAGUGUUUCAGCAUGCCAGAAAAACCUCAGUGCAAUCGCCGAGAAGUUCAGUGCAAAAUUCCCGCUCUACUUGCAGAAAACUGGAAAGGAUGUCGCGCUUGCCGGUCUCGUCCAACAGCGUCUCAUUGAAUGCGAACGAAAGCAGACAGCAACCCACUGGGAUAAAGUCGAUGGUCUCUUAGCCAAGAUAGCGCUCAGUAAGAGCGAAGAAUCCGAAUGUCGCGGAGGACUUGUGCAAGAGCGAAUCUCGUGCGUAAACCUGAUUAACUACGCUUGUCAGUUCAUUGAUCCGACGUUUAUCUUCCGAUUAGUUCCGGCACGAAUUACCAUUCAAGUACGUUAUCAAUUCUUCUUCUUAAUUUCUUUUAUUUUUAUGCACAAGUAG